UUGCCGGAAUUUCCAACGUAUUUGUGUUCGGCCUGCAAAUCGCGGUCCGACUUUCUCGAUAAGUUGCGAUCGAUAUGGAUUGUAAACAAUGCAAAAAUCGAACGGUUUAAGGAAGGAAAGGACACCACCCAUUUGAGCGGUUCCGAAACAACUGUAGAGCAGUCUGACGGCGACAUGCAACAAACCGAUGGCGUUGAAUCAGUGUGGAUCAAAACUGGUGUUGUCACAGAAGAUUCAGGAGAUGAUCAUCAAACGAUUCAAACGGCUUCUAAUACACAACAGAUAAGUAGUACAUACGGUAAUAUUCGUCAGCAGGCAAAAAAAUCAGAACACACUGAUAAUCAACCUGUGUCAGUAAUCGGCGAGCAGCGACUCUCAAGGGCAAGUAAGCGACGAAGUUCCCAAAAGGAUAUUGCCGCUGCAGAGUUCACAGUGUCUACAAUACGGCACUCCAAAGUUACUGGUAAUGUGCAUAGAAACAAGCAAAAGCACAAGUGCCCUCAUUGUUCCGCCUCGUAUCGAUACAUAUGCAAGUUGAAUAUUCACAUCCGCAGUCACACCGGUGCAAAGCCAUUCGAGUGUAAAGUCUGUAGCAAAACGUUCCAUGAGGCACGCAAGCUACGCGCUCAUGAGCAAUAUCACAACAAGGACCAACUUAAGUGUCCGCACUGCUCUCGCAAAUUCACAAAGCAAUCCCGUCUUAAGGAUCACAUUCGGACUCAUACUGGGGAAAAGCCGUUCAUGUGUAAAGUCUGCGGCAAAACUUUCCAUUGGGUAGCGAACCUGCGCACCCAUAUGCAAAUUCACAACAAGGACCAGCAUAAGUGUCCUCACUGCCCUUACAAAUUUGCAAAGCAAUCCAGUCUUAAGGAUCACAUUCGGACUCAUACUGGGGAAAAGCCGUUCAUGUGCAAAAUCUGCGGCAAAACGUUCCAUGCGGCACGCUACCUAACCCUUCAUAUGCAAAUUCACGACAAAGACCAACAUAAGUGUCCUCACUGCCCUGGCAAAUUCGCACUGAAAUCACAACUUAAGGAUCACAUUCGGACUCAUACCGGCGCGAAGCCGUUCAUGUGUAAAGUCUGCGGCAAAACGUUCCAUACAGCAGACAUCCUGCGCACCCAUAUGCAAAUUCAUCCUUUCGAUGCCCGAAGAGAAGCUUCAGAAGCAACGCAGAGCACAAACGCUACUCAAAAUGUGCAUGAAAACAAGAAAAAACACCAGUGCCCCCAUUGUUCCACCGCGUACGCAAAAGAAUACUUGCUGAAAAUUCACAUGCGCAGUCACACCGGCGAAAAGCCAUUCAUGUGUCAAGUCUGUAGCAAAACAUUCUAUGCGGCACGCUACCUGCUCCGCCACAUGGAUGUUCACAACAAGGACCAAAAUCAAUGUCCUCAAUGCUCUCGCAAAUUCGCACGGAAAUCCAGUCUUGUAGAGCAUAUUCGGACUCACACCGGCGAAAAACCAUUCACGUGUAAAGUCUGCGACAAAGCGUUCCAUACAACUAACAACCUGCGUCUCCACAUGAAUAACCACGUCAAUGGCUCUACUGCCGUGCCGCAAUAUCAGUGUCCCUACUGCCGUGGCAAAUUCAAACUACAUUCCCAGCUUAAGAAUCACAUUCGAACUCAUACCGGCGAAAAGCCAUUCGUGUGUAAAGUCUGUAGCAAAGCGUUCCAUUCGGCAGCCAAACUGAGCGUCCACAAGAACAUUCACAACAAGGACCAAAAUCAAUGUCCUCAUUGCCCUGGCCAAUUCGCACUGCAACGCCAGCUUAAGGAUCACAUUCGGACUCACACCGGCGAAAAGCCAUUCCUAUGUACUGUCUGCGGCAAAGCGUUCCAUGCGGCAGCCAACCUGCGCUCCCACAUGCAAAGUCACGAUAAGGACUUUGUUGCUGCACGAGCAGAACGGAGGCGACAAGAGAUAAAAAUUGCGAAACAAAAACAACGAAAAUAUAACGAACAACAAAGAAAGAAGAGACAGAUUGCGAACCAAACGAUUCGCGACCGGACAACAAACAUUGUUGUUGCUGCACGACCAGAACGGGCGCGACAAACAAUCAACUCUACGAAAUGAGCGACGCUCGACCGCCGGCGAAAGAAAGAAAUAUUGCGAAACAUGCAACGUGCGUCCUAUCGGGAAAGAAAGAAAAACAUUGUGAACCGAUCGACACCCGGCAGUGGAUGGCCUAAAUAAAAUUUGCUUGGACAGGCCCAACGUCUAGGUGUCGAAAGGUGUAGGGCUCGCAUCAAAAUAUACACACGGUAUAAAAACUACGGCUAAAUGAAAGCGUAACAACACCGCGGAUGCGUCCUUCGCAGAACAUUGUGACCGAGUGCCUUCAUUUUAUACCCACAAUUUUUUUAUAUAAACCAUCUAAUGUUGUAAGAAUAAAGUCAGAAUCAAUCUGCAACUAGAA